AUGUCACAAUCUACUCCAACAAAAGCCGUCGUGCACAAACCUCCCCUUAGAAAAGAUGUAGACAGACCAUCUGUCAUCCUCUACGGUGCCAUUCAAUCUGAUCCAGCCAAAGAUUGGCAAGGAUAUCUCACAGCUUCACUAUCCGACCUUCCUGUCGCUAUCCUAAACCCGUGUUGCGACGCCUGGGAUAGCAGCUGGGUCGAAGAUAUCUCUUUCCAACCCUUCAAGGAGCAGGUCGAGUGGGAGAUGGAUCAUGCACGCAUAGCGGACGUCAUCGUUUUCUACUUUGCAGGCGAACCCAAAGUGUUGCAAGCGAUCACAUUGCUGGAGCUGGGUCUCUAUGCGGGCACUGGGAAGGCAGUAGUUUGUUGUCCGGAAGGUUUCUGGAAGAGAGGAAAUGUGCAGAUAGUUUGCCAGAGGUAUGGCAUUGAAAUGUGCGAGACACUGGAAGAACUGGGGGGAAAUGUAAGGGCAAGGCUGAUGGCUAAACUCGAGGGCUAGGCAGCAAACUCCUCAGAGACGCCAUGU